AUGGCCACCAAAGUCCAUCAAAAUGAAACUUCUCCCAAGAAGGUGAUUCAGAAUUCUGGAAUCCUGGAAUUUGAAUAUCCACAGUUGUCUUCUUUAGAAGCUGAAUCUCUUGAAACCGGCAUUAGAAUGCAGGAAGAAGAGAAUGAAGGACCCAGGUGCCAAUCCCGUUCUAGCAGCCAAGGAGAAUGUGAUUUAGGAAGUCUGGUGGGGCAGGCCAAGUCCUAUCCAGACCACCAUCUUGGCUCUGCAAUGGCCAACCGGAGGCUUCUGGAAAGAGCACAAGCGGACAAAAAACGGGGCCUUCAGCUUUCUUUCUCUCCACUUAGGCGCCAGUAUCUGAAGAAGAUCAUUGCCGAAUAUGAAGCCUUGGAUAUGGAAAUGCCUUGCAUCCGCAAGUUUCCUCGGCCGCCUGCUGCCCGACCCCUUUGCCUUUGUUUGGAGAACCCGCCUGAAAAGGAGAUGACGCAUGCUGAAAUCCUGGCAGCCAUAGAAGCUGUCAUCCCCAAUGCCUUUGAAGCAGGUCUGCUACACAGCAUCCAAUUUGAAAACAUCAAUGUAAUCUGUGGAACUGCUGGGCGGAAGAACAGGUGGCUGAUCACGGUAUCAGAUUUCCGAACUCGGAAUCAGCUGUUAUGUUCUGGAUUAACCUUGGGUGAAAACCAUUUUGUGCUGCGACGCUGGGAUAACCUGGUAAUGGAGGACUAUCGCAUGCACCUUCGAAGGUCCUUAGCCCGCCAGCGUCUGCUGGACACACUCAGUGAUUCCUGGGAAGCCAGUCACUUGGAUGGCAUCUGACCCCUAGGAAGGAUAUGAAUCCAAAGCCAAGCAAAACAUGAUGAUGAUGUCCUGCUUUUGGAUUUAUCUACUUUUUCUUUUUUUUAAGUUAGGAGAAUGUUUCCCCUGAAAGCUUACAUUCCUGGCUUUUAUUCUUGGUCUUUCUAAUCACACAUUUGGAAAGAGAGUGCCCCCUAGAGGACCUCUGAAAUAUAUAUUUUCUGCUUUGCCUGCCUGUCUCCAAAGUACACAACCUUGGAAAGAACUGUCACACCUUUGUGGGUGAGUCUGUGGGAAGAUUUAUUUUCCAAAAUGCUGUUACUAUUUCACAAUGAAACUGUGGAACAAGACAGUCUUUUUAAUUGUGUGAAAAGCAGAAAAGUUUAGGACAAU